CAAGUCAGUUGAACCACGUCUCGCCGUUACCCUGGAUAUGACGUCACGUCCGCCCCGGAAGUUCAUCGUUCUGUUUACAUUCUGCACUUUUGUUCCGCUGAGAAACCUACUAAAAAUGUCCAGAAAGUGGCCAGAGAGCGGUGGCCUGAAGGCCUGCAUAGAGCAGCAUCUGGCGGCGGCGGCCUCGGAGAUCUUCGGGCUGCUGGAGGAGCGCGGCCAGGCGGAGCUGGGGCCGCUGCGGGAGCUGGUGAUGCAGCGGGUGGCGGCGGCCGUGGAGCUGAUCCUCGCCGCGUUUGAGGCGAGCAGAGCGGCCGGAAAGGGGACGCCGGAGCCCGGCGAGAGGCGGAGCGGAGGCCGUGGAGAGGAGCGAAAAGAGUUGCGUCUCUCUGUCGGUGUCAGCAGUCAGUCUUUUGAGAUCUCAGUGGAGGAAAAACUGCCGGGUUCCACGCCCAGAACGGAGAUUGCCGCCAAACUUGACCAACAAGCAGCGCCUCCGGACGAUCACACAGCAGAGGAGGACGAGGACGACGCUACGGCAGCGGAUGAAACACCUCACCGCUGCAGAGUCUGUGGCAAAUCCUUUGACAGGAGAGGCUUUUUAAUCAAACACGUGGAGAAACACGCCAAGGAAGAUGAGAGUCGUUGUGGUCUGUGCGGGGAAAGUUUGGAGUCCAGCGACGACCUCAGACAGCAUCUUCAAACUCACCGUGACACCUCCAGGACCUGCGACGUCUGUGGCAAGAAGUUCCCCUCGAUCCGAGCAAAGGAGACGCACAAGAGGCUGCACACCAGUGAGAAACCCUUCAACUGCCACCUCUGUGCCAAAGGCUUCAGCCAGAAAGGAAACCUGGUGACUCACCUGCGAACUCACGUGGAAGAAAACUCCUCUAAAGACGUCGGCCACAGCGUCUCGACGGAGACGGACGCGGAGACCAACAAUGGACAGGUGGCGUUCAGCUGCCAAGUCUGUGGCGCAGACUUCCCAAGAAGCUCGGAGCUGAGGCGGCACGCUCGGAGCCACGACGAGCCGGCCGAGAGGAGCAAACGCAGGAAACCGAGUUUGACUCCUUCUCACUCCUGCAAAGUCUGCGGAAAUGCCUUUCACAACAAAGGCAACUUACUGCGGCACGCGGAGACCCAUUUAAACCACCCCGACUUCCUCUGCGGCGUCUGCGGAGAGCGGGCCGAGUCCUCAGAGAGCCUGCAGCUCCACAUCCAGGGUCACAGAGAGCUAAAUAAGGUCUGCGACAUCUGCGGAGACAACUCCAGGGACAUGGAGAUCCACAUGAGGACGCACACCGGCCAAAAGCCCUUCAGCUGUAAAGACUGUUGCAAGGACUUCCCCAGGAAAAGCUCUCUGGAGAGACACCUGAAGAUGCACGCCGGCGAGAGGCCCUUCAUCUGCGAGUUCUGCGGAAAGACGUUCAUCGAAAAUACCGUCCUCAAGAGGCACAUCAAGAGCCACACGGGGGGCAAGCCGAGGAUUUAUCCCUGUGCGAUCUGCGGCAAGAAGUUCACCAUGAGCCAACACCUGGACGUGCACAAGAGGAUCCACACGGGGGAGAAGCCGUUCCCCUGCAAGGUCUGCGGCAAGAACUUCAGGCAGAUCGGCAACCUGGACUCGCACAUGAGGAUCCACACGGGCGAGAAGCCCUUCAUCUGCAGCCUCUGCGGGAAAACCUUCCGUCAGAAGAUCUCGCUGGAGACGCACGAGCGGUUCCACAAGAAGGACAAGACGUUCAUCUGCCAGGUCUGCAGGAAGGGCUUCGUGCAGAAGAUCGACCUGAAGAGGCACAUGCUGACGCACACCGGCGAGAAGCCCUUCCGCUGCCACGCGUGCGGAAAGAGCUACCAGGAGAAGCGCUCGCUGGAGUCGCACAUGAAGGUCCACGCGGGGGAACGGGCCGCCAAGGCCUCGGCUGUGACGCCCAAUCCCAAGCAGCCGGGGGAGGAGGACGCCCAACCGGAGUUCCUUCAGCUGUAAAGCUCCUGUUGAAGCAGGCGGGCCGUCCCGCCGCCUCCUCCAGGCUGCCAGGGCUUCUGCUGGGAGGGUUUUCACACGGCGAUGUUUAUUCACGCUUAUUCUAAACCAGCCGAGGUGCUACAAGGACGACCCGGCUCUGUUUCACGUUUGAUCUGGGGAAAAACUGUUAAUGACAGGAAGCCUGCUGCUCUCACACAAGAGACUCGCCAUGCAGCAAACUUUCCCUGAAUCAGUCUGAAAUCAUUUGAAACAAUGAAAGUUAAAGCAGCUAAACGGAAUCUUUUCACCUACUUAUGGUUCUGCGUGUAAUCCCUGCUUCAAAACAAGGACGCGAUGAGAAAUCAGGACCUUCAUAGCAUCUUAAAAUAAUCUAUAACUGACUGCAUUAAUAUCUGAUGAAUUUUCCAUUUUCCACCCAACUUUUAAACAUUUUACUUGAAAUAUUGUCUACUUCUGGUUUUAGAUGGUCAUAAAACAAGUAUCUCUUUGCUGCAGAAGUAGUUAGUGACGGAACAAGGCUUUUAGUAUCAGUGAGAUGCUUUAAAAUAGGAAGCCACGGGAACCACGCAACAUACAAGAUGCCUCUAUAAAGGAUUCUUUCUUUUCUGUGUCAGCUGUUCAUCUGGGCUGCUACUAUAACUGAAGCAGAUAACAGGAAGUUCAAAUCUCUUGCUGCAAAAUUACCCAGUUUUAUUCCGUUGAAAAGUUCCCGGUUUAAAUUUUGAGGAAGGUUCUGGGUUUGGGAAUCUCAUAGUUAAGGUCAGGAUCUAUUUGCUCUACAGGGAAAACAGACAGGGGGCGCUGGUUGCAACUCUAACCAUACAUAUUGGUCAUAAAAAUUCCAAAGUCAAUUUAAAAAAUCUAAAUUCAAGGUAAGAUUUUUUGCCUUUUAUUUAAAAUAUCAAUCCAAUCAUUUUUAACUGCUCAGCUGUGUCACACAGAUUAAGUUUUCUCACACAGUGUGACAUCGUCCCUUCAUCUAGCAUAGAUAAUUAAUAAUCAGUGACAUCAGAAAUGCUUUUUAAAGCUCCUGUUGAGUUUAAAUACAUGAACAAUAUGAUAGUGCAACACAUCUGACAGCAAAUUUGAGCUUUUACCACUCGAAUAAAUUGUUGCUGCUGCCGUUGUUUGUUCUGAAUGGUGAUUAUUCAAAGUUUGUGUAGACAAGACACUAAGGAUAAAAUUGAUCUUGAAACUCAUUUUGAAAACACAGAGAAAACUUUAGAUACAGGUUUUAAAACACAUUGCAGUAUGUUAUUCAAUAAUAUCAUUUGUAAGUUUAUUAUUGUCUCCAAUUAACAAUUACCUAUAAUUACAUAUCCAAUUUAUUCCUAAAAAUAUCUAAGACACUAAAAUCUAUAAUUUCCUCACAAUAGAUGU